GUGAUGCUCACGUGUCCCACAGUUUGGGCUCAGGAGCCGGUGCAGAGGCUGUGAAUUGUCCCUUCUCCGGUUAAACUUCGAUACAGACAUGGGUUACAGGACCGUGGUGAUGUACAUGGAGAUAUGCUGCUUUGUCGUCUGUGUGUCCGGCUGGAUCCUGGUGUGUUCAACGAUGCCAACAGAAAUCUGGACGUGGUCUGAGGUGGACAGCAUCGUCCUGACCACUUCCAAUUAUUUCUCCAACCUGUGGAAGGAUUGUAUAUCUGAUUCCACUGGAGUAUCUGACUGUAAGGGAAUUCCAUCCAUGCUGGCACUCAACUGGGACAUUCACAUGUGCCGAGCUCUCAUCAUCAUCUCCAUCAUUCUGGCUUUUUUUGGAUCAAUCCUGGUCUUAGUGGGGAUGAAGUGCACUAAGAUUGGGGGAUCGGAGAUUGCUAAUGCAAGAGUGACCUUUGCUGGGGGGAUGAACUACUUUAUCGGAGGGAUGUGUUCCAUGGUCGCUUUCUCUUAUUAUGGAAACAAAAUUACAUCAGAAUUUCAAGACCCAAAUUACAGAGCUCAGAAGUUUGAAAUAGGUGUUGGCGUCUUUGUCGGCUGGGGAGGCUCCACCUUACUUGUUGUUGGAGGCCUUAUUUACAGUAUCUUUGCCGGGAGGGAAGGAUGUCGAUCAAGCUCCAAACGCUACCCUCCCUACCAGUUUCCUGACGCCUACACGGUCGUCCCGACAAAAAGGGCCCCAACGUCUUUGGCCCGCAGCGAGAUGAGGGAGAGCAGGAAAUCCAGGAACACCAGUGAAAGCGGACUCACCAGUAUCUCUGGGCUCAGCAGCGUCACCAAGACGACAUCGAGUAAUGCAUCCGGGCUCAGCAGUAUCACCAAGACGUCAGGAAGCAACGCAUAUGUGUAAAAACAAUGAGUGGAUUCAUUUCAAAUGUAAAUUAAUAUUAGUAAGUCCACACUUCAAGGCUUCAAUGGCAGCCUUCAAAUGUAGUCCUGUUCAUAACAGACAAUUUGAUUUUUCAUUGGAGAAAAAGCACAAUAACAAGACAUGAGGCUAAAUAAACAUUUGAAUCUUCACAAGGUGAUUUUUCAACUGAACUAUAAAAUGUGCACUUUGUAGAAAAUCUGUUUUCUCCCACGCGUAAUGCUAAUUUUCUCUGUAGGUAGAAUAAUGGUUCAGUAUGAUGACAUUUAUAAUAUAUAACAUAGUUUCAGAUUUAUUCUGUUAAAAAUCAUUGUUUAUGGUUAUACAUUUUUAGGAGUAGAAAUAAACUGUUCAACACA